AUGGACUUUACGAUCUCCCUCGCACACUUCUGCGAGACCCACGGUCCGACAUCCAUCAUCUGCACCCAGGCCUCGACCUCGCCCUGCGGCUCCUGCAACCCAUGUGUGACGCCGCCUUCCGAAGAGCCGCAUUCGGCCUACUCCUACAACGGCCUGUACGAUCAGCCCACCACCCUCAAGCUUAACGCGCGCCUGCCACAGCUCACCUCGCCCUUCGAGUCGCCGCCCAACAGCCCGCGCUCCCCCACGCACAACCCAUACUUUCCAAGCUUUCCCUCCUCUUCCGGCAGUAGUUUUGGCGGACGGAGAACCAGCAGCACCAUCGACUCCGACUCGGACGCCUGCGAGAACUGCCAGAUGGUAGUGCCCCAGAAGUACAGCGACAAGAUCCCCAACGGCGCCCCUGGCAGUCCCACAAAAGACGGGCGUGGAAGAAACGGCAGCCCGGUCUUGCGUAGCUCCCAGAACUACCCAGUACGUCGACCAGUGUCCCGGGACGACCUCAGUAGCACCGAUUCGUCCGAUGUCUCAGACACAGAGCAGUCGACUUCCUACCAGAGCGGCGCCUCGGGCUCCUUCCCAGACUCAAUACCUCCCUCACCAAUGCUCGUGUCGAGAGGCAUACACACCCACACAUUGAACUACAUCUCCACCAGUCAGCCGCAGUCGCCCAGCACCUACUCGCUCUUGCGACGCACCUGCAUCCGUACAUUGUCCACCGAGGUCCUUCCCCUCAGCAAGCCGUCCGGGCCCAUCAUGUUCGGAGACUCAGUCGCUGGCUACACCAUCGCGUACGUUUUCCGUCUGCAGGAUCCGCGUUCGCGAGGAGCUAAGCGCACCUACGCCUUCAUCGCCAUGGCCGGUCGCGAUUACCGGAGAGCCACAAAGGCUAUGGUGAAGAUCAUCGAAGCCUUUGAGGGCAUCGCCAACCGGAUCAUCUCCCUGGCCGACAGAGUCCUUGAACGUGAGAGUGCAGCUUCGCAGGUCCUGUCACGUCCCACCACCGCCAUAUCUGGAAACACACCUCCUCUUGGAACCUCCGCCUCUUCAAUGCCACCCAACUUCUCUGCACCGCACAAAGAACGGACCUUCUCCACGACGAGCACCCCCAACUUCCGCAACAUCACACCUGUGUCCUCUUUCCUGUCCGCAAAGAAGGUCGACCCAGAUGGCUUUCCCCGUGUGUCCCGCGAUGUGAUGAAGGCAAAGAGCCUCGUCGAGAUCGUCGGUCAGGAGAACUUCUUUGUCGACCUCCACGGACUCUUCUGCCAUCUUCUGCACUCCCUCAUCAAGCAGUUCGGUUGA